AUGCCAGCACCGACUGGUCAAAGGUUUGUUCAAGGAGGAAGGAAUGAGGCACCAAAGAUCUUUGUUCUUCAUGUGGAGCCUGAUUCCUCUAAUUCAGAUGAUGAUAGUGACUCCAACCCUGACUACUAUCAGUAUGAAUCUGAAGAUUUACAUAGUCCAAUGCCAUUCGAUUGUGAGGAUGAUUAUGAUAGUGAACAGGGUGUGUGGCCUCAGGAAAAUCCAACAGCACCAUUUGGCCAAGUUCAUCUAGAGCUUGGGAUGGAGUUUGCUACCAUGGAUGAGUUUAAGAGAUCCGUGAGGAAGUACAAUAUUCAAAUAGGAAGAAGCAUCAAGUUCAACAGGGUUGAGCCUACCAAAUGUAAGGCGAUUUGUUGGGAUGAGAAUUGUCCCUGGAACAUUUACUGCUCUAGGUCAAACAAGCCAAGGAGUUAUCAGGUGAAGACGUUUGUGGAUCAGCACGUCUGUGCUAGAAGAUAUAAUAAUAAAUCUGCGGAUAGGGUGUGGGUUACUGAGAUGCUAGAAGAAAAGUUUAGAGACCAAAGGGAAAUCACUUGUGCGGAGGCCGAAACUUGGUUUAAAAAAGAGUUUAAUAUAGCAAUUAAUUAUAAGAAGAUCCAUAGAGCCAUGAAAAAAGCAAGGAAAAAUAUAGAAGGAUCGGAGAGAGAAAAAUAUGCUGAGUUGAGGAACUAUCUUAACCAAAUACUACUGUCAAAUCUAGGCUCAACAGUGCACUUGGAUACCAUUCCAAUGCCUGACUCGUUGCCCUUGUUCAAGAGAGUUUACAUUUCUUUUGAGGCAUGUAAGAAGGGUUUUGUCUUAGGGUGUAGACCUUUCAUUGGCCUUGAUGGCACAUUCUUAAAGGGCUUCUAUGGAGGACAGCUACUCACUGCAAUAGGUCAAGAUGCGAACAACCAGAUUUUUCCAAUUGCUUAUGCCGUGAUGUCAGAAACUAGAGAUAACUGGAAAUGGUUCUUGGAGCAUUUACACAAUGACUUGGGUAACUACAAGGUUCAUGGUUGGAACUUCAUUAGUGACCAACAAAAGUUAAGUAGGCUUGAGAGAGAAAAGGAGGAGAGCAAUAAGUGGACUCCCACCUGGUCUGGAGACGAUGCUGAAGAUAUAUAUGAGGUUGAGAAGCAUCCAACUAAAUCCGGUCAUAACAAUAGGACUUGUCAACAAAAGAAGAAUGAUACUCUGGAUGAGGAAGUUGCUCUAGCAGCAGAGGCAGCAGCUGCAGCAGCAAAAUCAGAAAACCAACCAAAACAGUUUGUUGUUAAUGAUAGAUUAUCAUAG